AUCACGCCCAAUCAUGCGGUAGGCCUCAUUUCAAGACUCGCUUCUUCUUUCCAUUCCUCCCUUCUCUCCGGCGUUUGGGCGUCGGUUCACCUCUACAAUGGCCUCCACACUCCCUCCAACACAAGCACCGGCAAAUCAGGAUUAUGCUGGAGAUGAAAUCAAUGCCCUCGUCCUUGACCCGGGUAGCUACUGCACCCGCGCAGGCUUCGCAGGCGAAGACACCCCCAAAUCCGUCGUCCCCUCCUACUACGCCCACCUCCCCUCUGGCGAGCGGUUGUUCGGCGAAAAUGCCAUCCACCUCGCGCGUCCGGACAUGGACAUCCGAAAUCCAUACAAUUCUGAGGGUAUCGUAGAGGACUGGGAGACUGCGUCGCGUCUGUGGGAGUACGCCAUCACAUCCCGCCUCACGGGAGCGAGACCGACGCAUCCAACCCGCAACGGCCUGAACGAUGAUAAGAAAGAUGAGAAUGGCGAUGUGGCGAUGGAAGAUGGCGUGGAAGAACAACAGGACAGUCCGCUUGCGGAAUACCCGCUGCUCAUGAGUGAGCCGUCGUGGAACCCCGUCAAGGCGAGAGAAAAGACGAUGGAGAUUGCCAUGGAAGAGUGGGGUGUCCCUGCCUUUUUCCUUGCAAAGAACGGACAGCUGGCUGCCUAUUCUCAAGGAAAAGCCACCGCACUGGUGAUUGAUGUCGGCCAUCAAAACACAUCCGUCACCGCCCUAUGGGAAGGCAUGGUUCUGCGAAAGAGUAUCCUUCACACUCCCUUGGCCGGCUCAUUUAUCAACGACCAAAUUCGCCUUAUGCUCGCCAGUCACGACCCACCCGUUCCCCUCGUACCUCACUACAUGGUCAAGUCCAAGCAAGCCGUGGAUGCCAACUCUCCCAGCAACGCCACGUACGCGCAGUUCGCGAAGGCGCCAUCAGACUCCUUCCGCAGAUUAGAGGAGGAACGGGUACUUCUUUCAUUCAAAGAAUCCGUUGUCCAGACCUGGCAAGGUCCCGGGAGACUCGAGGGUCCUGCGGGUGGUCAUGGAGGUGUGCCCGCCACAAACAUGGAUCACGCAAAAUCCUUGCCACCCAAGCCAUUCGAAAUGCCCGACGGGUGGAACACCGUCUUUGGCGCCGAGAGAUACAAAGUCGCCGAAGGCCUGUUCGACCACCGUGCUGCCUACACCGAUGCGGAGCAUCCUCAACCAGAAGCUUCAAGCACCAUCGCUCAGACCGCCCAUCGCUCGCUGCAAAAUUGCGACGUGGAUACCCGCGGACACUUACUGCACAACGUCAUCCUUACCGGUGCAGGUAGUCUGAUCGAAAAGCUACCAGACCGCUUACAAAGCGAUCUCCAAACGCUCAUUCCCAACCCCAAGGUUCGUGUCAUUGCGAACAGCAAUUCCGUCGAGAGGAAGUACGGCGCGUGGAUUGGCGGGUCGGUGCUGGGCAGUUUGGGCACUUUUCAUCAAAUGUGGGUCAGCAAGCAGGAGUAUGCUGAGUUUGGCGCGAGUAUCGUCGAGAAGAGGUGUAAGUAAGGUGUGGGAGGUUGAAGCGAUUUUGAAGUACAGCAUGGCGCGUGGAGUUGAUUCUCUUGUUGAUGAUGAUAUCGAUUAUGACAGCAGUGGA